CCGCCCGCCGGGUGGGCAGGACCGCGCGGUCCCCCGUCCCCGGGGAGGACGCGCGGUGGGAGUGGCGCGCUGCCCCAAAGCGGACCGGAGCCACGGAGGAAAGAUCCAGGAGCGCAAGUUAGCUGGCUAGCUAGCUGCUAGCUAAUCUGAAGCUUUACGCAACGACAUGUUCGCUCUCCGCGCCUCGCUAACGGAACGGGGUGGCUGCACGGUUGACUGGUUGUGCCAUGACAUUCGCUGUUGAUGUCCGCCGAGCCUUGAGUUAUGCUCUCACGAAAGAAAAGUAAAAAAGAAGCGUCGAAACCAGCCGAGGUACACGGGAAAUAUGUGAAGAAGGAAACGUCGCCGCUCCUGAGAAGUCUUAUGCCAUCAUUCAUCCGCCAUGGACCCACUAUUCCCAGACGUACAGAGGUCCCUCUGCCAGAUAUGGGGCCUUCUUCCUACCCGGUGCCCCCUGCCCGGGAACCCGCUGUGUCCCGCAACAAGAGUUUCCUCCGUGCCCCCGUGCAGAGGCCUCCACAAGAGGUGGCCCGCAGAGAGAGCCACCGGAUGUCUGCCCCGCCGUACCUGCCUCGCAGUCUGGGAGACCUGCCUCACGAAUACGCAGGCUCCUCACAGUCCUUUCUCACAGACGUGAGCCCCAUGUCUGAGAAUGGCGACGCUGCCCGGUAUUACUACGCCUCUGAACCUUACUAUGACAACCAGCAGCACCAACAACAACAACAGCAACAGCAACAACACCAGCAGCAGCAGCAGCAGCAGCAGCAGCACCGGCAGCCCAUGAGGGUCCCGGACCGCUUUCCUGAGGACUAUAGAUACUAUGAGCACAAUGAACAUAACUUCCAAAGACUUCCACGACAACACACUCCCCCAGCGCCAAGCAGACCGCCGUCAGGCAUAGGUCGAAUACAGGCCAAGUCCCUGGGGAACCUCUCCAAUCUGACGGGGGAGGACAUGCCCCUUCCGGGCGGCUGGACCGUUGACUGGACCAUCCGUGGCAGGAAGUACUACAUUGACCACAACACAAACACUACGCACUGGAGCCACCCUCUGGAGAGGGAAGGGCUCCCCCCGGGAUGGGAGAAGGUGGAGUCGGCCGAGUUCGGGGUCUACUACGUGGAUCACAUCAACAAGAGGGCUCAGUAUCGACACCCCUGUGCUCCGAGUGUGCCUCGCUAUGAUCAGCCUCCGCCGCUGCCUCCGCCUGUGACCUAUCAGCCGCGCCCUGUGGACAGGAACCAGCCGGUCCUGGUGCCAGCAAACCCGUACCACACAGCCGAGAUACCCGACUGGCUGCAGGUGUACGCCCGCGCCCCGCUCAAGUAUGACCACAUCUUGAAGUGGGAGUUGUUCCAGCUGGCAGACCUGGACACGUAUCAGGGCAUGCUGAAGCUGCUUUUCAUGAAGGAGCUGGAACACAUCGUCAAAUCCUACGAGGCGUACCGGCAGGCGCUGCUGUCAGAGGUGGAGGCUCGCAAACAGCGGCAGCAGUGGUACGCCCAGCAGCCCAGCAAGAACUUCGUUGGGAACAUGUGAGUGUGUGCGUGGGUGCGUGUGUGCAGCAGGGGACGUCGCGCUGCCACUCCUCCCUGAGGUCGCCACAGCUUGGGAGUGGUCAGGGUUUUCCUUUUUGAAAUCACAAUGGACUCUUAAUUGCUUCUUCACCAAACACAUCUGUGCCUUCGCUUGAUCCAAAUAUAUCAGCCAGGAAGUCAAGACACACAUUCGAGGGGCCCGUUCCCCUCCCACCAGAGUGACCAUGUGACUGAAAAAAGCUCCAAUGAAGAAGAAUAACAUAUAAUGUACUACAGCUGGGGAAGUUGUGGUGCCAUUUGCAGCCCAGAGAACUGAACCGCUGAAGUGAAUUCUGCUUUUAAGACUCAGGACAGACUUUUGUUAAAAAACAUCCUGAUUGUGCCUUUUUCUUAUUUUAAAAAAAAAUAAAAUGCAGCAAUUUUAAUAAGUUACUCUGUCAUUAUUACCUGUUGGACAAAAUGCCAGGCAGUUAAAUCGAAUUUGUUCUUAUAUGAAAUAUAUUUCUUUUUUUGCUUUGAUAACUUUAUAAACUAAAACCACAUUGUAACACAAAAACUACAUUUCUUUUCCUUCUUUUUUUCAUGACUUAUCCAUGUAAGACAAUCCACCAAAACACUCCUCAGCUAUUUCAUUUUCGAUGUGAAACCCGUCUUCAUUUAAAGGCGUUUUGUUGGAUGACAUUUGAUGCAGUGCUCUGAGCUUCCUGUGGCUCUUUGCAUUUCUGUAGGUCAGGAAUACUCGUGUGUGUGUGUGUGUGUGUGUGUGUGAUGAAACAAAUAAGCUACUAGAACUUUACACAACCAAGUUUGCCAAACAAGUGCAAUUGAGCUUGUCCAUGUUCUGUUCUGUUGGGAUGUUUCUUGCCUUCGUAUGGUCUUAUUUGUAUAGACAGACGCGUCUCUUCUGUGGAAGAAAUGCAGGUCGUUUUGAUCGCUUAUUAUCAGCGCAAACCGUUUUAAGAUACUAAGAAAUGUCUUUAUGGUGGAGGUUUUGCUUAGUACUAUUUUUAUUAAAAAAAUAAUUUAAAAUGUUUCAAUGGGGGAUCUGUUUACGACGGUGAUCACAUAUCCAAACAUUUCUGGAUGUCCUCGAAAGAUUUCUGAUGAGUCAGCAGCGGGAAACGUUUGAAAGAACGUCUCUUCAACAAGUCCUUCGUUAUGCAAGCAGGUCUCAAUCACGUCUUUUCACAUGGGCUCAUCCCUUUUGUACAUAUCUGAUUUUGUGGAUUGCAAAUACAGAACAUAAGCAAUAAAGUCUGCAGUGAAGAAAAAAACAU